AUGCAAUUAAAGAGCCUCGCUUACCCGGCUUGCCCAGGAGGGCCAGCACAUAAAUGGCAAAAGCGCGGCGCGCAGGUGUUUGCCAGCAUGCAGACCUCCGGGAGCAAGCCGUGCCCCUGCCCCAGCUUCAAGCUGCGGGAGCUGGUGUCCAUGUACUUCACCAUGAUCGCGGUCUUCCUGGUGGUGCUGGUGGUGGCCCUGCAAGGCACGGCUCCCCGGGAGGACUACUUCCCCUACAAGGUGCCGCUGGACCCCCAGGGGCUGCUCGAGCUGUCCUGGAACGUCAGCUACUCCCGGCAAGUGGUGCAUUUCCAGAUCUUGGUCAAGGACCCGAAGUUCGGGCUCCUCUUCGGGAUGUCGGACCGGGGCGAGUUCGAGAACGCGGACCUGGCCGUGCUCUGGAGCGACGGGCGCAACUCGUAUUUCGGGGAUGCCUGGAGCGAUGAGAAGGGGCGGCUCCGCAUGGAUUCCCAGCAGGACUACCAGCUCCUCGGGGCGCAGAAGGCCCCCGAGGGCCUCUACCUCCUCUUCCGAAGAGCCUUCAGCACCUGCGACCCCAAGGACUACGUUAUAGAGGAUGGCACCGUGCACCUCAUCUACGGGAUCCUGGAGAAGCCGGUCCAUUCCCUGCAAGCCAUCAACACCUCCGCCAUCCCCAGGGGUCUGCAGCGGGUGCAACUGCUAAAGCCCAACAUCACCGUCCCUGAACUGCCCAGCGACGUGAAGACCAUGGAGAUAACAGCCCCUGACGUCGUCAUUCCCAGCCAGGAGACAACCUACUGGUGCUACAUGGCAGAGCUUCCAGAAAGCUUUCCCAAACAUCACAUUAUCAUGUAUGAGCCCGUGAUCACGGCCGGCAACGAGGCCCUCGUCCACCACAUGGAAGUCUUCCAGUGCGCAGCGGAGUUUGACAGCUUUCCCCACUACAACGGGCCCUGCGAUUCCAAGAUGAAGCCAGAGCGGCUGAACUUCUGUAGGCACGUGCUGGCGGCAUGGGCCAUGGGGGCACAGGCCUUCUACUAUCCCGAAGAAGCAGGUCUUGCCUUUGGUGGUCCAGGCUCUUCCAAAUAUCUGCGCCUUGAGGUUCAUUACCACAAUCCCCUGGUGUUCGAAGGUCGCCGUGACUCCUCGGGGAUCCGUCUCUAUUACACGGCCACCCUGCGCCGCUACGACGCCGGCAUCAUGGAGCUCGGCUUGGUCUACACGCCGGUGAUGGCCAUCCCCCCGGGGGAAGCCGAGUUCCUGCUGACGGGGUACUGCACCGACAAGUGCACCCGGCUGGCGCUGCCGGCCGCGGGCAUCCACAUCUUCGCCUCGCAGCUCCACACGCACCUGGCCGGAAGGAAAGUGGUGACAGUGCUGGCGCGGGACGGGAGGGAGCGGCAGGUCGUGAACGCGGACAGUCACUACAGCCCUCACUUCCAGGAAAUCCGCAUGCUAAAGGAGGUGGUUCCCGUUUUUCCCGGCGACGAGCUCAUCACCACCUGCACGUACAACACGGAGGACAGGAGCCGAGCGACGGUGGGCGGGUUCGGCAUCAUGGAGGAGAUGUGCGUGAACUACGUGCACUACUACCCGCAGACGCAGCUGGAGCUGUGCAAAAGUGCUGUGGACCCUGGCUACCUGCACAGAUACUUCAACCUUGUCAACAGGUUCAACGACGAGGAGGUCUGCACGUGCCCGCAGGUCUCCGUCCCGCAGCAGUUUGCCUCUGUCCCUUGGAACACGUUCAACAGGGACGUGCUCAGAGCCCUCUACGGCUUUGCGCCGAUCUCGAUGCACUGCAAUAAAUCCUCAGCUGUCCGGUUCCCGGGCAAAUGGGAGAAGCAGCCGCUUCCCGCCGUCACCGAGACGCUGCGGGAGCCCGCGCCGCGCUGCCCGCCUGCCCCAGCGCCUCGGCCGGCCUCCCCCGUCCCCGUCAGCCUGGGCAGGAGCAGGAGGGACUGA